CCCUGUUUGCAGGCCCGGACGUUUCCACUAGGGGGCGACAGUGCCAUGCUUCUCCUUGUUCCCCGCUACCUCUUUGACCCCGGGAACCCGUGGGCACGCGUCCUUUAGGAAUUCAGUCGGAGAGCUGUGGGGCGAGGGGACGUGCUCAGGCAAGGUUGCCCAAUUUUCGGGGUUCUUAAUUCUCUCUCAGUGCCCCGAUUUGUGGGGACUCUGGAGCAGGGCACGGCGGUCUCACGUCCUAUCCGCACUUGGUGGGGACACAGCUAGCAGGGAGGGCAGGCCGGGCUGCGCGCGUUGCUUCCCGAGUCCCUCGGGCGGCGCCGGGUGGCAGGCCCUGCUAGGGAGUGUCACUUUCCCGGAGGUCAUGGGCCUGAGGGCGUGGAAGGGAGGGUCCCUGGGGCGGGGGAGAUGCGCAUUUCCCGUGCUGCGCGCAUUAUCCGUGCCGCCCGCCGCCUCCCCACCUUCUUUUGCCAGGAGACGCCGACAUGUGCGGGCUGGUGAACGAGCGGUCUCUGCAGCGUAUGAGCCGCGUGCCGACUUCUUCCCCGGGCCCCGGGCCCAGCUCCUCCAAGCCCAAGGCCUGGGGUUCGGAUUUGGCGCCUCAGAUUGCCAUGGGCGUCGGAGCGCCCCGACCUUGGCUGCCGGGCUUUGAGGGCGUGUUCCCCCAGGAACGCCACGACGCUAGCAGCAAUGGGAACCCGCGGCUCCCCCACCUCUCCUCGGCCGGGCAGCAUCUCUACAGCCCUGCGCCACCUCUCUCCCACACUGGAGUCGCCGAAUACCAGCCACCACCUUACUUUCCACCUCCCUACCAGCAGCUGGCUUACUCACAGUCAGCCGACCCCUACUCGCAUCUGGGAGAAGCGUACGCCGCUGCCAUCAACCCCCUGCACCAGCCGGCGCCCACCGGCAGCCAGCAGCAGGCCUGGCCGGGCCGCCAGAGCCAGGAGGGGACUGGCCUGCCCUCGCACCACGGGCGCCCGGCCAGCCUGCUACCCCAUCUCUCCGGGCUGGACGGUGGCGCCAUGAGCGCCCGCCGGGAUGCCUACCGCCGCUCCGACCUGCUGCUGCCCCACGCGCACGCCCUGGACGCCGCGGGCCUGGCGGAGAACCUGGGGCUCCACGACAUGGCGCACCCGAUGGAGGAGGUGCAGAAUGUCGACGACCAGCACCUGCUUCUGCACGAUCAGACUGUUAUUCGCAAAGGUCCCAUUUCGAUGACCAAGAACCCCUUGGGUCUCCCUUGUCAGAAGGAGCUGGUGGGGGCUGUGAUGAACCCUAGUGAGGUCUUCUGCUCCGUCCCUGGAAGGCUGUCCCUCCUCAGCUCCACGUCGAAAUACAAAGUGACGGUGGCUGAAGUCCAGAGGCGGCUGUCCCCGCCCGAGUGCCUAAAUGCCUCAUUACUGGGAGGUGUUCUCAGAAGAGCCAAAUCUAAAAAUGGAGGCCGGUCCUUGCGGGAGAAGUUGGACAAGAUUGGGUUGAAUCUUCCGGCGGGGAGACGGAAAGCUGCACACGUGACCCUCCUCACGUCUUUAGUGGAAGGUGAGGCUGUGCAUCUGGCCCGGGACUUUGCAUAUGUCUGCGAAGCAGAAUUCCCUAGUAAAUCGGUGGCCGAAUAUUUAACCAGGCCUCACCUCGGGGGACGGAAUGAGAUGGCAGCCAGGAAGAGCAUGCUGCUGGCCGCACAGCAAGUGUGUAAGGAAUUCACAGAUCUUCUCAAUCAAGACCGAACACCCAACGGGAACAACCGGCCCACCCCGGUCUUGGAAACGAACAUACAGAACUGCCUGUCUCAUUUCAGUCUGAUUACCCACGGGUUUGGCAGCCAGGCCAUCUGUGCCGCCGUGUCUGCUGUGCAGAACUACAUAAAAGAGGCGCUCAUAGUCAUAGACAAAUCGUAUAUGAACCCUGGAGACCAGAGUCCAGCCGAUUCUAGCAAAACCCUGGAGAAAAUGGAGAAGCACAGGAAAUAAAAAGACAGGGAACAAAGGGCCCAAGAGUCUUGAAGGAAAAGGACUUCAAAGUCAUUCUCUACUGGACAGACUGGGAACCCCUCUGGCCUGGGGGACAUUUUGACCCACCUUCCACUGAUUUCUGGAUCUGCACGUGCCCUCCUGGAUUCCUUAGUGUUUCUCUAGCGCUGAAGUGUCUCCUUAACUCUGGACAAGUUAUCAGAAGGUGACAAGUCCUGGUUCUUUACUCAUUAAGCUUAUACUUUGUUUUUUUGAACCCCAUUUUUCCUUUCUCUGAAACUGGUGCUACAAGUUUUAGAACCUUUUAAAUAAAUUCCCCGGGUGAAGAAAAAACCCACACACUUAGCUGUUGAAAUGUCAAAUUGGUGUGAUUCAGGUCAACAAUAACCUUCAGUGUUAAGGUAUAAUGGCUGGCUUUUGUGUCCACUAAAUAUUUAUCUAAAAAAAGUAUUUAUCCAGCUUCUUCAGUUGUCAAAUCGUACAUGCAGUGGGAGGCGAAGAUUCUGUCUGCUCACCGCCCAGUUAAUAAGUGGUAUUUGACACAUUUUAAACCCCUUGUUCAAAGGGGGCCUUUGGGUUUUACGAAACUUGUAGAAGCAAAGCCUGCUGAUUUUAUGUUUUUCUUUUUUUUUUUAAAAAAAACUUUGAAAGUUAACUCUUCAAAUGGGAGACUGAAAUGACAUGUUCCUUUAAGGUACUAAGCUUUAUUUGCAUAUUUAUUUCACAUCUUGGUGUUCGAGUAAACUUGAAAAGGGGAGACGGGAAGCGGUGCAUUGCUGCCUGCUGUCCCCAGGUCCCGGAGGAGGCUCUGUUUUGAGAAGCGGUGUGUUGAGUGUACAGAUUUUAUUUAUGCAUAAUUUAAUGGGGUCUGUAAAUAUGGGUGCACUUCUUAGGACUUUUUUGAGAAAUGGGAUUCGAUUUUAAUAUUUACUUUUAAAGGUGAUGGGGUAAUCUCAAACACAUCUUUAGGUUUUCUUCGUAUGUGUGCACACAGGGUAGGAAGAAUUAAGAGGAUCCUGGAUUCAGUCCUUGAUGCGGAAGGUGCUAUUUAAUUGAAGCUCUCUGUUCACAAAGCAAUAACUUUGUGUCUCCUUCCGGUGGGGCCGAACCUGAACAUGCGCUUGCGGUACCGUGUGUGUGUGUGUGUGUGUGUGUGUGUGUGGUGGUGUGGGUGUGGGUGUGGGUGUGGGUGAAAUGGAGUUUUGGAAGUGAACUCCAUGCCCGUAAACGUUCCCAGAAUAAUUGUCGUGUAUAUGAUGCCUGUAUAAUAAAAGUAUUCUCGCUAGAAGUCCUGAAA